CUCCCUGUGGCUCAGGUCUCCCUCGUCGAGGCCUCCCUGCACUUCACUCUGCUCCUCCCCUGCCUGGGCCUUAAAACCCCGCCUGCAGCCGGCAGCCGGCAGAGUCCCCAGGUGGCACCGGCAGAGGCUGAAUCGCUCAGUGGAAACCUGCGCCAGCCCGGAGGGUACGAGGCUGUCCUCAGCGUGGCGGUGCGUCUGGAGGGCCCGUGUGAGCUCGGCCCAGGCGUGACUGCAGGGUGGUAAGAGCAGCAGCACCCUCAGGGCAUCUGAUGGGCAACGGCCCCUCGAGGUGACACCCACCACUCAGCUGAUCGGGGCCUGGAGUCUGCUUUGUGCUCUGCGAGGAUCAGAGACACCUGCAAGAGGCACGGAGAGGAGACGCCAUUCAAGAGGCUCCUGGAGCUGAGGACUGGCCUGGCCUGGGGACACCAACCAGGCCCCCCUUCUGCUGGGCACGAAGACCCCCCACCCAGCACACCUGACACACCUGCUGAGUCACCCAGGCCGUCUGGGGCUGAGAAGACCUAACGAAGGGGCCAGAUGGCUUCCGCUGGCUUAGAACUGUUGGGCAUGACCCUGGCUGUGCUGGGCUGGCUGGGAACGCUGGUGACCUGCGCCCUGCCCCUGUGGAAGGUGACCGCCUUCAUCGGCAACAGCAUCGUGGUGGCCCAGGUGGUGUGGGAGGGGCUGUGGAUGUCCUGCGUGGUGCAGAGCACAGGCCAGAUGCAGUGCAAAGUGUACGACUCGCUGCUGGCGCUGCCGCAGGACCUGCAGGCCGCUCGAGCCCUCUGUGUCGUGGCCCUCCUGCUGGCCCUGCUUGGCCUCCUGGUGGCCAUCACAGGUGCCCAAUGUACCACCUGCGUGGAGGACGAAGGCGCCAAGGCCCGCAUCGUGCUCACCGCGGGGGUCAUCCUCCUCCUCGCUGGCAUCCUGGUGCUCAUCCCCGUGUGCUGGACGGCGCAUGCCAUCAUCCAGGACUUCUACAACCCCCUGGUGGCUGAGGCCCUCAAGCGGGAGCUGGGGGCCUCCCUCUACGUGGGCUGGGCGGCGGCCGCACUGCUUAUGCUGGGCGGGGGGCUCCUCUGCUGCACAUGCCCCCCGCCCCAGGUCGAGCGGCCCCAGGGACCUAGGCUGGGCUACUCCAUCCCCUCCCGCUCAGGCGCGUCCGGACUGGACAAGAGGGACUACGUGUGAGGCGGAGGGUUCCCCCUCAGAGCCUGCUGCUCCCCAUUGCCCUGCACCUUCCACCUUGACCAUAGGCCCUGCUCCACUACAAGCCCCUACCCCAGGAAAACACACUUUCCAAAAGCCCAAGCUACGCCUGGCUGCAGGGCUGGGUCUGCUGGCCUGGCUGAGCUCUUCUCAGUGGGGUUCCCUUUGAUGUUCUCCCCCGAGCUGGGCAGCCCAGACGUGUUGGGCACCCUGGCCUGCCCCCGCCUCCCCAGUAAUUGUUUCCUUCCAUUGCCCAGGACACUGGCUGGUCUUCCUUCUCUUCUGAGCCCGCCCUUGCCCCAGGAACCCUGGCUUCACCAAAAGGGCAGCAGCUCCUUGGCUCCAAAACCAAGCAGCUGACUGUGCCCUCCCAACCCUGGAGUUGGCAUGGAGAGUCUGCCCAACACCUCCCCCUCCUUGACAUCGCCACCCAAGAUUGGGAAUAAAGAGAACAUUUGUAACUGG